AUGUUGAAAAACGGCGGCAGCUACGAGAGAGAUAUUCAGCAAAGAUGCGCUAAGGCCACUUUCGCAUUCAACUCCUCAGCGAAGUACCUGUGGUCAAUCCCCAUCGCCAACGACGUCAAACUGCGAAUCUAUCUAUCCGCAAGUCGCCCCAUCAUGAUGUACGAUUCGGAGACUUGUGCAGCGCCGUCAACGGUGAUGGAGAAGCUCGACUGUACAGAAAAGAAGCUGGUUAGGCGGAUGCUUAGCUACUUUUAG